CUUCCCAAUGCUGAGGACAAUGAAAGCGUGUCGACGUCCACCAACUUUCUUCCGAUAGCAACGUGGCUCUGUUCUGGUGCUAAAGCGCUCUUACCCCACGAGCCUGUUCAUGACCAAGGUGUUCCAGACACGGUUUUCCUGUUAGUCUUCAGCUAGGCUAUCAUUACAAUGGCCCGGAACACCAAGACCGGCGCCAACGCCUGAAAGAUGCGCUGUUAUGGAUCUCAAUGGACCUACAGUUCGUCUUCUCCGAUUGGUCAAGAGUAUGGAAUAAGAUGAGAGAAUCCUUAUCGAAGUGCCACAGCCAAAUACACGGAGAUGUCGACACCCCUCCGCUGCUUGAUUUGACAAGGAAACUCCACAAGGACGCAUCAAGAGUCAUAGCUCUGCGAGAACAGCUCUGUGUCCACUCGGGGGCUGUCGCUCGUUUUCUGGGUCUCGUAAACUUCCAAGCGGCGCAAGCGCCCAGUUCGCAAUUGUCCGCCCUGAAAUAUCGGGUUAAGGAAUGUCAGGACGUUAUGACUUACCAAGAGGAAACGUCUCAAGUCAUCUUGAGGCAGCUAGAGAACCUUUUUAGCCUUGCGUUCAAUACGGAGACCAUGAUGCAAGGCCAAACCAUGGCGCGCUUGAACGUUUUGGCCUUUGCAUUUCUCCCAAUGUCUUUCGUUGCAUCACUCUUCGGGAUGACGAAGUUCAGCAUCUCCGCCGCAUGGUAUCCUUUUAUGGGCUUUCAUUAUUCUUGCUAUCGUCAUAGCGAUCACUCUAUUUAUCCCCGCUUCUAAAGUGUACCGCAUCCUUACCUUCAACAACUCAAGCGCGCAAAAGAAGCCUCUCAAAAAGCCAUAUCAGCAGUACCAAUCACCUCUACCCAUCAUGCCUCUGGCCUCUUUGGGUGCUUAUACUCGUAUAGAAGGCGGAGGGAUCAACCCCGAACCAGUCUCUUAUACAUAUAUGGGUCGAGUAGAGGGUGGGGGCAUAUAUCCACCGCCACCACAGCUUCUUCCACAUGCUCGCUCUGCCGAGG